AUGCUUGUUUACCCAAAGCUUGAAUUGUGCAGUGCCUCAACCAUCAUACUAAGCCAAAAAUGUAUUGAAAUGAUAAAAUUAUUUCAAAAACUAAAACAGGAAAUACGAAAUAAAGAGAAAAAGUUAAAUGAUUUAAAAGAUCGAUCACCAUUGAACUUCGACGAUCAUGAAGAACCAAUGAUUAAACUUCGGUUAGACAGUGCUUGUUCUGCGUUAACACAGUAUUUUGUACCUAAACAAUUAGGUUUUGGACAUGUAACAAGAACAGAUGGGAUACAAAACCACACACGGCCACUAGCUCAACAGUUACAGGCGGAUGAUGAUCCGACCAAAGCUAUAAUUAUACUAGAUGGAACCAUUCAUAAAGGAAAGCCAUUUGUAAAGCCAAUGAUGAUAGUCUUUUCUGAUGGCUACAUAAUAGCGGUUUUGGGUCCGUUCUUUGCAGACGGAAAGAAUAAUGAUUCAGAGAUUACAAAAUAUUUAUUAUAUAACAAUGUCCAAGGACUUCAGGACUGGAUGCAACCAGGAGAUGUGGUCGUCGUUGACCGCGGUUUUCGUGAUUGUCUAAUAGACUUACAGAAAUUUGGUUACGAGACAAAGAUGCCUCUAUUUAUGGAAAAAGAUCAAACACAGUACACCACUGACGAAGCAAAUAAAACACGACUGACUAGUAAACUUGCUUAUAACCAAGGCGGGGACUACCACCUUAAGCACAGUAAAACUCAGAACGUUGAUGAUGAAGACUCGCACACGAAACAAGCUAAAUUGAACGCUCUCUACGAAGACUCGACCGGCAAGAAGCACGAGCUAAACGAAGAGAAUCGAGAUCAUGCAUUACAAAAGCAUAAAGAAGCUGAUUCAGAGUUGGAAGAGAAACGAAACAAAUACAGCGGUCAUCCACAUAGAUAUGCGGGUAAAGGCAGCGACAGUGACUCCAGCGACAGUAACGGCUACGGAAGUGAAAGUCGAGAUGAUAAAUACAACCGUCAUCCACAUAGAUAUGCGGGUAAAGGCAGCGACAGUAAUGGCUACGGGAGUGAAAGUCGAGAUGAUAAAUACAACCGUCAUCCACAUAAACAUGCGGGUAAAGGCAGCGACAGUAACGACUACGGGAAUGAACAUCGAGAUGAGCGAGUGAAGCGCGGAGCUCCAGAACACGGUUAUCAUGAUUCAAGCGGAUACGGUAGAUCAAAUUUCGGACAGUAUGCAGAGAAAAAGCAUGACAGUUAUCCAGAAAGUCACCCUGGCUAUCCAGCAUAUGAACACCACAAGAAGUCCAAUUACGGAGGCCACGACAACUGGAACAAGAAAGAAGUUCAUGAGAAGAAAUCUGCACAAGAACAUAAACAUCACAAGGAAUCAGAAGAUGAAGCACUAAAGUAUUCUAGACGUCACGGUGAGUAUGCACCACGCAAGUCUGAACAUAAACCAUACCCUGAAAAAAAAGAAUCGUAUAACUCGAAACCACGCAAAAGCUACAAACCAACUACGGAAAGCCCAACAACACAAAAGCCGUACCAAUCAACUACACAAAAACCGUAUCAACCAACUACACAAAAAUCGUACCAAUCAACUACACAAAAACCGUACCAAUCAACUACACAAAAACCGUACCAACCAACUACAGAAAAGCCGUACCAACCAACUACACAAAAACCGUACCAACCAACUACACAAAAACCGUACCAACCAAC